AUGUCGUUCAAUCUUGAUGAUUUGUUAAAUAGUGCACUUGAUGAACUAGAAGUUCAAGAGGAAUCAAAAAAGAAGAAUGAUAAGUUGAAUGCUACUGCUGCUACUGCUAGUUCACCAUCAACUACUGCUACGACUAGUGCAACAUCAACUACUACUACAACAACAACAACAACAACAACAACAAAUACAAAUACAACAAAUACAAAUACAUCAACUGGAAUGGAAGGACUAUUUAAUAUGGAUGAAUUGAAAAAGUUUAUAGGUCAACAAGGAGGUGGAGGAGAUGCAGUCAAUGCAAAAGAACAAGAACAAAUAUUCGAACUGUUACAAACUCUGUCACAGGCAUCAAAGGAUUUAGAUAAAUUUGGUGGCGGUGGUGAAGGAGAUACAACUACAACUGCGUCACUGACACCAAACUUUGAUGACUUUGCAAAAUCAGCAGAUACAUUUCUUGGUGGAAUGUCAGACAGCGAGAAACAAGAGUUUGCUGCUAAUAUGGAAAAGUGGUCAACUCUAUUCCCAGAAGGAAUGGGUAUGGGUACAGGUAUGGGUAUGGGGAUGGGUCCAAUUCCUGCUGCCGGACCCAUCCCAGCACCACAACCAAAUGUAGAUAUUAAGGAUUUCGAAAACAACGUCAGUCAUUUAUUAAAAGGAUUUGCUCAAAAUGCUGCAAGUCAACCAACCACAACCGCAGCUGAUAAAUCAGGUGGUUCCAAUCCAAUGGAUGCAUUUAUGCAAACAAUGAUGCAAGGUAUGGGUGGUAUGGGUGGUAAUAGUCAAGACACUGAAGAACUCAUCAAACAAGCAAUGGCAAUGUCAUCUGGUGGAAUGGAUGAUUCACAUCUCAAUGAUACUGUCUCUGAAUUUUAUGAUUUAUCAAUGAAAUAUAUUAUUGAACAUUAUCCAAAAUGGAUUGAAGAUAACAAGAAUAAUUAUACAGCAGGAGAAGUUGAAAAGUUUAAAGAACAAUAUGUAUCAUUUACAAAAAUAUUUAGUACCGAUGAAUCCAAUCAGACUUCUGACGAAUUGGUCAAUUCAGUCACCAUGUUGGGUCAACUACCAGAAGCAUUUUGUGAACAAUUCUGUGCCGAUGUACAAAAGGAUUUAGAAAAGGAUAAAAGAAAAGAAAUAGAGAGUUCUAUAAAAGUACGGAGAAAGAUGAUUAGAAUCGGUCGUUCAAUAUCUUCUUCGCUCGUUGGUAAUACCAAUAACAGUAGAUUAAUAUACAAUACCUUUAUAUCAAAAUCAUCAACAUCGACAACAAUAGCAGCAGUAGUACCAUUAAUAACAACUUCAUCGACUAAAUAUACAUAUAACAACAAUAACAAGUUUAAGAAUUAUUCACAUGGUCAAAUUUAUAAUGGAGCAAGUUUAAUUGUUAAUAAUUUAUUCAGAUCAUAUACAACAGGUCAAGUACCACCAACAGGUGAAAAGAAAGAUACUACUGUUGCUGAAGAUACUACUACUACUCCUACUACUACUACUACUACUACUACUACUGUUGAAGAUACAAAGAUUAGUAUAACAAAAAAAGAAGUAGAUCCAAAGAAACCAAAAGAACCAAUGAAAGUAUGGUUGAAAAACAUGGCAAAGCAUUAUUGGUUGGGAACCAAGUUGUUGGGCAAGAACAUUGGUAUUGCGGUGCGUUUGGUCAAGUUGCUUUCCAACGGACACGGUUUGUCACGUCGUGAGAGAAACUUGUUGGUACAAACAUCGGCCGAUGUGUUGCGAUUGGUACCGUUUAUUGUCAUCAUGCUCAUUCCAUUUGCCGAGUUGGCAUUACCCUUUUUGCUCAAGAUCUUCCCAAACUUGUUGCCAAGCACCUAUGAGUUCAAGGAUGAAAAGGACGAGCAUCAACAUCUCAAGCAAAAGGGUAACGUGUCGAUGACCAAGUUCCUCCAAGAGACCUUGGCCGACAUUUCGUGCGAGUUGCGUGAGAGCAACAUCUCGAGCGCCAAGGAGUUCCACGACUUUAUGCUCAAGGUCAAGCAAGGUGAGCAAGUGUCCAACGUCGAGAUCCUCAAGUUCUCCAAGUUGUUCCGUGACGAGAUCACCAUGGAGAAAAUCUCGCGUCCACAACUACUCAACAUGCACAAGUAUUUGGCUGGCUCCAGCUUUGUUGCCAAGUGGUAUUCCAACGACUACCUCAAACAACAAAUCACCAAGAAACUCAAAAAGAUCAAGCAAGACGAUAUCCUCAUUAAAAAGGAGGGUGUCGAGUCUCUUACACUCGAAGAGUUGGUCGAUGCCGCCCUCGUGCGUGGUUUCAAGGUCAACGGCUGCACACGCAAGCAGCUCGAGAACCAGCUCGAGCAAUGGCUCGACAUGUCACUCAACAAGAACGUCCCCCCAUCCCUCUUGAUUCUCAGUCGUGCAUUCACUCUCGAAAAAGAGUCUACUCAAGCCCUCGAAGAGACACUCGAACAUAUCCCCGAAGAGGCUCUCAACGAAGUACUCAAAAAGUUGCCAGAUGUCUUUGAGGAUGCUCAAUCGGUAGAACGUCGUGAAGAAAAACUCGAAGCUCUCGCCGAGGAAGAAAAGGAAUUAGAUGUAAAGGUUGCAGAAGACAAGGAAAAGGCUGAAAAAAUUGCAAUUGAAGAAAAGGAAAAGGAAAAGGAAAAGGAGACUACUAUUGAACCAAAAGUUGUUGAACAACAUGCUAUCGCUGAACCAGAAAAGGUCAUCGAAACAUCACCAGAACAACCAAUCAAAAAAUUGACUCCAGAAGCAAAAGCUGAACGUUUAUUAAAUGAUGAUGAUGAUAUGGAAAUUCAUAAAGAAAGUGAUACUAAUAACAGUAAUAAUAAUAUUAAUAAUAAUAAUACAACAACAAAACCAGAACAAAAAUAA